AAAACACAAAAAUGAUUGACGGAAAGUACAGUUUGAGCAACUUGAUGGGUAUUGGUGGCUCAUCCAGAGUCUACUCAUGUGUUGACAUUAAUGAUAAUGAAGAGUAUGCAGUUAAGGUGAUCAGAAAGGACAAGGGAUACACAGACCAAGUCUGAACUAGGCUAGUUGAGAUGGAAGCAAAUACUAUGGUCCAUCUCGGAGAGCAUCCAAACUUGGUCAACUUUGUUGAUGCCAAUAAGUCCCAUUGUGUGUAUAAGAAAAUGAACAGUAUGAAUAAUCCCAACAAGAAAGAAUAUGUCACAGUCGCAGAAGAAAUCAACUAUUUGGUUUUAGAAAAGUGCGAAAAUGGUGCUCUAUCUAAAUAUGUCAAGACUACAGGCCUCUUUGAUGAACUCACGACAAGAUUCUUAUUUGCACAGCUUUGUGGAGCAGUUAAUUUCAUGCACUCCCAAGAAUAUGUCCAUCUUGACAUUAAAUUGGACAAUAUCUUAUUGGACAAAUAUUUCAACAUAAAGCUUGCAGAUCUUGGGAUCGCUCUCUGAUCAAGAGGAACUACUCAUCUCUUAGCCCAUAAAAGGGGGACUGCAAAGUAUAUGGCUCCAGAGGUUGCCAACUGCGAUAGCAAGAGACCAUACAAUGUAUAUCCAGCUGACAUUUACUCCUUAGGUGUUUGCCUCCAUUUGAUGCUUUUUGGAACUUACCCAAUUGCCGAUUCAGAUUCUGAAAUGUCCACAGAUGAAGAGAACGAUGGAUCUCCAAAGUUAAAACAAGAUUCUUCUCCAAGACUUGACUCCUCCUCUUGUUUGAUCGCAGCAUAUCUUUCAGAAGAUUGUUUGGAUCUUCUUGAAAGAAUGCUUAGCCAAGAUCCUUCAAUGAGGCCAACUAUUGAGGAAAUCGAGAACCAUCCUUGGAUGUCUCAAGAGUUUCCUGAGCAGAUAGGAGAAAUCGUAUAUUCAGAACUCAAUGAGAGAUGCAACCAUAUAAAGUCAUUGGUUGCUGAUUCAUCUCCUUCCUUCUCGAUUGACCUGGACUAGAUUUGUGAAAUCUCUAGUGUAUUAAUUUCUCCUCACAAAGGAGAACUCAUAAUUUUAA